CUGAGGUUAGGUAAAAUGCCCACUGACGUAUGCGUGCGGCGCACAAGCAGUCGGACUGCUACGCCUAGAAUUUCAUCUACUCAACCGGAAAAGGAGAAUACAUCAACCACUACGGCACGUAGAAAUAAGAGAAAACAAACUCUCCCCGUGCCUGACGAUUCCUCCACGCCUAGAAAACGUUCAGCACAGUUUACUCUAAUGGCUAAUUCUCAUGCACAAUCGCAAGUCGCGAACAGGAAUUUAAUAGAGGACCGAAGCACGAAACGUGCAAAGCAGCUCACGGAUGAGUCGGUACUUGUGGUCACUGGUUCGAGCCUUCCGAUGAGAACGCUGCCAGCACCGGAGUUAAAAAUAAACUCUGGUUGCGCCUGUGUAGUGAAGACACCGGAACAAGUUGCUGUUGCUUCUGUGGAGAGUGUGAAGGCGGGAGCGAACAAAAGGGGCGAGACAGAAACUGAUGAUGCGAAACAACUUGAACUUUCCAUACCAGAGAAUACGAGGAGUAGCGCCGUGGUUAGAUCUGACAGG